AUGCAGGAGCCGAGCCUGGAUGGCAAAAUGCCAAAACAGGAGUAUAAUUCCAAGACUCUGGAUGAACAGAAAGAGAACGAUGACACAUCUGAGAAGACAUCCCCAAAUGAAAACCUCAAAUCACCACAGAAAGGCUCCAAAAGACAAAAAGUGACACAAUUUAAAGUAGAACUCCUGGAUAUGUCGGAUUACAAAGGAGAAAUUGAGAAACACUCCAAAGGACAGGCACUGAUAGAUAUGGUGUGUGAGCACCUCAACUUGCUGGAGAAGGACUAUUUUGGCGUAACCUUUGCAGACACAGACACCCAAAAGAAUUGGCUGGACCCCUCCAAGGAGAUCAAGAAACAGAUGCGUAACAGUCCAUGGCACUUUGCCUUUGCUGUCAAAUUCUACCCUCCAGACCCCUCCCAGCUCACUGAAGAUAUUACCAGAUACUACCUAUGUCUGCAGCUGAGGGAUGACAUGCUGUCAGGUCGACUGCCGUGCUCGUUUGUCACCCAUGCUCUCCUGGGCUCCUAUACAGUCCAAGCUGAGCUUGGCGACUAUGAUCAUGAUGAGCAUGUAUUGGACUAUGUCAGCGAUUUCCAUUUUGCUCCCAAUCAAACUCGUGAACUGGAAGAAAGAGUGAUGGAGCUCCAUCGAAACUACAAGGGUAUGACUCCAGCUGAGGCAGAAAUUAACUUUUUGGAGAACGCAAAGAAAUUGUCCAUGUAUGGGGUAGACCUGCAUCAUGCUAAGGAUUCCGAGGGGAUUGAAAUAAUGCUGGGUGUCUGUGCUAACGGCCUAUUGGUAUACCGUGAUAGGCUGAGGAUCAAUCGUUUUGCAUGGCCAAAGAUCCUUAAAAUCUCCUACAAGAGGAGCAACUUUUAUAUCAAGAUAAGACCUGGAGAGUAUGAGCAGUUUGAAAGCACUAUUGGUUUUAAGCUACCUAACCACAGAGCUGCCAAAAGGCUAUGGAAAGUCUGCAUCGAGCAUCACACCUUCUUCCGGUUAGUUUCCCCAGAGCCUCCUCCUAAGGGUUUCUUGGUGAUGGGCUCAAAGUUCCGAUACAGUGGGAGAACGCAGGCUCAAACAAGACAGGCCAGUGCUCUUAUAGAUCGACCUGCUCCUCAUUUUGAGCGGUCCACUAGCAAGAGGCACUUACUCUCCAGAAGUUUAGAUGGAGCAGAGUUCUCCCGGCCAGUGUCAGGCAUGUGUGAGAAUCACGAUGGCCUCUUCCACCACAGCAAUAGUGAACAGCGUCAUCUCUACAGCCCCUCUUUGGAUGAGCAGGAAACUGAACUGGAGCCCAGCUUGGAACAAGACGAGGAGGAUCUGGACCAGGAAGAAGGCGAUGAUGGAAAUGUCACUCCAAGCAAGAAGAAAGAAAUUGUGUUUCUCGAUAAGACACAGGAUGUCUUGCUGAAGCACCAGGCCAGUAUCAAUGAGCUUAAGAGAGCCCUGAGGGAACCCAACAGCAAGCUGAUGAGCCGUGAGAAGCGUCUGUCAGCAUCAUCGCCACCUAGCACACCAGAGAAAAAGGCUCUUGUUGGCCAGUUUGCGGGAAAAGACCCUGUUAACAGCCUGUCUGUUGAGGGGUUCAUCCAGAAGAAUGUCACGACUUCACCUGAGGAGCCUGUCUCUGCUCCCUUUGUUUAUGAUGAGCCAUUUUUUGAUGCCAAGAAGGAGCUCAAUGACAGGAGGCCACAGACGAUUGUAGUCCCAGAGGAGGAACAGGAUCAGGAUACUGUGGCCUGCUUGAAAGAGGCCAUUCUAGGCAUUGAGCGCAAGUCCUCCAGUAUGACUGUGAGCUCCACAUCCAGCCUGGAGGCAGAGGUCGACUUCACUGUUAUAACAGACCUGCACUCCUGCGUGGAGGAUGCCACUGAAGGCAUGGCCUAUCCGGGGGUGAGAGAGCAACAACCCGAGGUGGGACGGGAAGACUUUGAGGAAACAUCUCGGUUCUACUCUGCACGUCUAAUGGGUCAGAUGGAUAAAUCUCCCUUAGAGGAUAAACUUCCUGAAGAUGGACUGUAUCAUGAGCCCCCUGUGGUCAGAAAAGACCCCAGUGCUGUGUCAAUGGCCCAGAUGCUAAAAAGGUCUGACUCCAAGCCAGAGUCUCACACAAAUGGGUCAGAAGUUCAAGCAACUGUCACAACUGUCACACCACAGAGGCUGUCCUUCACACGCGAUCCUUCUGUUAGCCUUAAAGAAAAUGGCUCUCCUGUAAAAGCCUGCACUAAAGGUCAAGAGUCUAUUGUGUCCCCAUUGAACAUCACUGCAGAAAGUGUCACGACUGCAACCACAACGCAAGUAACCAAGACUGUCAAAGGAGGCUACUCGGAGACCAGAAUUGAAAAGAGAAUUAUUAUUACAGGAGAUGAUGAUGUCGAUCAGCAUCAGGCCCUUGCUAUGGCAAUCCAAGAGGCCAAGCAGCAGCACCCUGACAUGCUUGUGACAAAAGCAGUGGUUAUAAGGGAAACUGAGUCCCCCACUGAGGAUCUACAGCACAAGGCAAAGGAAAACUAA